AUGUCUUUGGAAGACAUAGAACUCAGAGAAGAGCUCAACAGUGAAGAGAAAACGGUCAAGCCAGUCAAAAGGCUGUUGACUCCAUUAUUAUCCAAAAAGGUGCCACCUACUCGUGAAGAGUCAGAGCGUCAGACGUUACCGCUAUAUACAAAGAACAUCUUAUCCAGAAUAUUCUUCACUUGGUUGAUCCCGUUGUUUGCAAGAGGUUACAAAAGAACUUUGGACUACAACGAUUUGUGGAAGUUGGACAACAGACUAUCUCUUCAAACAACUUAUCCAAGAUUCCAAAACAAUUUAAACAAGAUCACAAAGUCAUAUCAAAGCAAAAACAAAUUGAAUGAUUCUACUUUCCCAGAUUAUGCUAUUUUAUAUGCUUUAUUCCUAACCUUUAAAUGGGAAUACUCUUUUGCAAUUCUCGCCAGUACUUUGGCUUAUGGAUUCAUUAUUGUUGCACCUAUUUUAAUUAAAGAAUUAAUUGAUGUUGUGGAAACCAAAGUCUUGAUACCAAACUCCCCUAUUAAUGAUGGUGUUGGGUAUGCGGUUGGUAUUGCUUUGUGUACUGCAUUUGCUGGGUUAUUUUACAACCAUUGUCUUCAGAACUCAAAGCUAAUUGGUGCACAUGCAAGAUCCAUAAUUACAAAGUCUUUGAUGGAAAAAUCAUUCACAAUUAACUCCAAAUCAAAGCAUGAUUUUAGUAACAGUAAAGUCUUCACUUUGAUGAGUAGUGAUUUAUCUAAAAUUGAUAUGGCCAUCAGUUAUUUUCCUUUUGUUGUUGCAAUCCCACUUCCAUUCAUUGCAGGGGUAGCUAUUCUUAUUGUCAAUAUAGGUGUUGCUGCUCUAACAGGUAUUGGGAUUUUUGUGAUUUCUAUGGCCUUGUUAUCAGUUCCAGCUUCGUUUUUGCUAAAAUAUAGAGAAAAAUCUGCACAGUAUACUGAUAAAAGAGUUGGAUUGAUGAGAGAGGUCUUGAAUUCAAUGAAAAUGAUCAAAUUAUACGCUUGGGAAAAUGCCUAUCAUGAAAAAAUAAUUGAAGAAAGAUCAAAAGAAUCAUAUUUUAUUUUUUUGUGUGAAUGGAUCACAAAUACGGUUUAUGCAAUUGUUUUUAAUCUGUCACCUUUGGCAUCAAUGACUGCAUUUUUGGUUUUAUACGCUAUUGAUCGCAGUAAGUCAUCUGCUGGUGCAGUUUUUUCAUCGCUAGCUCUAUACAAUACUCUGACAAACUUAAUUGCUGAUUUCCCUAUGUUAAUGUCAUUCUGUACAGCUGGUUGGGUUAGUGUCAAGAGAGUUGCUGAAUUUUUGAAAUCACCAAUCGAACCAUUCCAGUUUGAAGAACAUGUAAAGAUUGAUGGGAAAACUGCAAUCAAAGUCACAGACGGGAAAUUCGAAUGGGAAAACUUUGAAGAUGGCGACGAGAAGUCUGGAUUUACACUGGAAAAUGUUAACAUCGAAAUACCUAAGGGCUCAUUUGUUGUUGUUACUGGUUCUACUGGUGCUGGGAAAUCUUCAUUAUUAAGUGCUAUCAAAGGUAACAUGAAAAGACUUGAAGGUAAUGUUUCUAUCGAUGGGACCUCAAUACUUUGUGGAUCACCAUGGAUUCAAAGCACUACGAUUAGAGAGAAUAUCGUGUUCGGUUCCAAGUUUGAUCCUGCUCUUUACCGCAAAACCAUCAAAGCCUGUUCGUUGGAGAUUGACAUCAAUAACUUGCCAGCAGGUGAUAUGACAAGUGUUGGUGAAAGAGGUGUUACAUUAUCUGGUGGUCAAAAGGCAAGAAUUAAUUUGGCAAGAGCUAUCUAUUCUCAAAGGGAUAUUUAUUUAUUCGAUGAUGUUUUGAGUGCGGUUGAUGCUAAAGUUGGUAAACAUAUUGUUGAGAAUUGUUUAUUAGGAUUAAUUAGUGACAAGACUAGAGUUUUGGCAACCCAUCAACUGUCUUUAAUAUCAAAGGCAGAUCAGAUUGUUUUCAUCAAUGAUGAUGGCAGAAUAGAUACCGGGACACCACAGGAGCUUCAAUACCAAAAUGCUAAAUUCCAGUCACUAAUGAAUUUCAGCAAGACUACUGAUGACGAAGUGACCAAAAAAGUUGUUAAAAAUCAUGAUGAAGUUGAAAUGGACGAUUUUGAUGAUGCUGAUGGUGGACUAUACGACAAGGAAGAUAAAGCUGUGAAUGCAAUUCCAUUUUCUAUCUACAAACAGUAUUUAGAAGCAGGAUCAGGUAUUUUUGGUUGGGCUGCUUUCCCAGUUUUGAUUUUUAUUACUAUUGCUUCAAUUUUCUUUUCAAUGUUUGCCAAUAUUUGGUUAUCAUUUUGGAUUGAUAAAAGAUUUGGCUAUUCAGAUGGAGUGUACAUUGGGAUAUAUGUACUCUUUACGUUCUUUGCAGUCAUUACAAUGUUUUUGGAACUUGGUGUCAUGGGGUACUUAAUCAUCAAUUCAUCUAAAAACUUGAACUUAAAUGCUGUAAAGAGAGUCAUGCGUACACCAAUGAGCUUUGUUGAUACUACACCAAGUGGUAGAAUCUUGAAUAGAUUCACCAAAGAUACAAACUCCUUAGAUAACGAAAUUGGUAACCAUUUGAAACUUUUGAUACAUUUUUGCGUAAUGAUUAUUGCAAUCCUUGUUAUGUGUGUUGUUUAUUUACCUUGGUUUGCUAUUGCUAUUCCUUUGAUUGUGGCUAUUUUUGGUCUUGUUGCAAAUUUUUAUCAAGCAUCUUCAAGAGAAGUUAAGAGAUUGGAAGCAUUGAGUAGAUCUCAUUUAUAUCACAAUUUUAAUGAAGUGCUAAACGGGAUGAGCACCAUCAAAGCUUAUGGCUCAGAAUACAGAUUUAUUGAAACAAAUGAUGAACUGGUUGAUAGAUUGAAUGAGUCUUAUCUUGUUACUGUUGCAAAUCAAAGAUGGAUAGGUAUUACAUUAGAUUUAACAGGUUGUGGUAUUGCAUUUGUCGUCACAAUGUUGGCACUGACGAGACAAUUCAAUAUAAGUGCUGCUUCAACAGGUUUGAUUACAACUUAUAUCUUGGAUUUAUCUGGUGUCUUAUCUUUAUGGCUAGUUUCAUAUUCGGAAGUGGAAAAUGAGAUGAACUCCGUUGAAAGAUUAUGUCAUUAUGCUAAUGAUUUAGAGCAAGAAUCUGACUAUAAGAUACCUGGUAGAGCACCAGCCCCAGAAUGGCCUCAAAAUGGUGCUAUAAAUUUCAACAAUGUAUCUUUGAGAUACCGUCCAGGAUUACCAUUAGUCUUGAAGAACCUUGAUAUUAAAGUUGAAGCUAAUCAAAAAAUUGGUAUUUGUGGUAGAACUGGUGCUGGUAAAUCUUCAAUCAUAUAUGCAAUUUACAGACUUACAGAGCUCGCUGAGGGUACGAUUGAGAUAGAUGGAGUUGAUGUUAAAAACAUUGGUUUGCAUGAUCUUAGAUCUAAGUUAUCAAUCAUUCCACAGGAUCCAGUUUUAUUCGAAGGUACCGUUAGAAGGAACUUGGACCCUUUCAAUGAACAUGAAGAUCUUGAGUUAUGGGAUGCGUUGAGAAGAAGUGGUUUGAUUGACGCUAAUAAUUUGGCCGGGGUCAAAAGUGAUUUAGAGAACAAAUUUCAUUUAGAAGCCCUUGUUGAAGAUGAAGGGGCCAAUUUCUCAUUGGGUGAACGUCAAUUAUUGGCAUUAGCUAGAGCUUUAGUUCGUCGUUCCAAAAUUUUAAUUAUGGAUGAAGCGACUUCAAGUGUUGAUUAUGAGACAGAUGCCUUAGUUCAAAGAACGAUAACAAAAGAAUUCAAAGAUUGCACCGUGUUAUGUAUCGCCCAUAGAUUGAAAACAAUUUUAAAUUAUGACAAGAUUUUAGUGUUGGAGAAGGGUGAAAUUGAACAAUUUGAUACACCAAUCCACUUAUUUAGACAAUCUGGAAGAUUUAGAGAAAUGUGUGAUAGCUCAAACAUCACCGAACAAGACUUCAUCAAAUGA